AUGCUAGACAAGGCUCUUCGACGUCUACGUGAGCUUCGGGAAGCACGGAAGGUGUGGACGGAGCUUAAUGACAAGUAUGCUGACAGCGACAACGGCAACGAGUCCUUCAUGGUGGCAAGCUACCUGAAUUUUCGCAUGGGAGAUGGCAGAUCAGUCAUGGAACAAAUCCAUGAGCUACAACUGAUCGUGCGGGACUUAGGCCAGUAUGGAUGUGUCCUCCCGGAGAACUUUCAGAUUAAUGCCAUUCUGGCUAAGCUGUCUACUUCUUGGCGUGACUUUGUCACUGCACGUCGGCAUCUAAAGCAGCGAUUGACUCUUAAUGAGCUCAUUGCUGCAAUAAAUGUCGAGGAGAAGUCCAAGGCAGGCUAUGGUGGAGGGAAGGUGCCUGCUCAAGCAAACCUUGUCGAGCACAAGAACCAUCCUGGUAAGAAUGCGAAGAAAGAGAAGACCAAGCCUGGUUUUUUGGGACCGAAGGCUAAUGCAAUGAAGAAGAAGAAAAAACUAGAGAUUGUCUGCUACGUCUGCGGCGAGUCGGAUCACAAAGCCAACAGAUGUCGCAAUCGUAAGGGCAAGGGGCCAACACCUGAGCAGCAGAAGGUAGCCAAAGCCCAAGUGCAUGUGGCGGUUGCAUCGGACAAUGAUACUGGCAAAGGCAACUCCACCAGUGGGUAUAUACCUCAGGCCUAUACGGGCGCAGAUGGUGGAUCCGUACUGAUGGGAACGGGGUCUCGGCAGCAGUGCGUGGAGUAG